GGGAUAAUGUUUGUGAACGCAUCCGACCACUGAGAUAGAAGAAGACAAAAAUAAUAAUAGAUCAUAAUGCAUCAUCCAGUAUAGUAUUGUUUGUGUGAAUUCUUACAAGGCAUGCUACCGCAGUGAUUGGCCAAAUUGGUCACGUCGUGGUCCGACAAUAUUCUCUAUUUUUGCUAAAGACAGAAUCUCAUUAAUUCAAAAGCUGUCAAAAUAUUGUUCCACUCGGGAACAGAGAGCGACAGACGGUUUGGAAAAGCAACGUAAAAAAAUACUGAACAACAACAACACAAUCGUAGUCCUCUCUACGCUGCCCUAUAAAAAUUGAUUGUGAGAAGCAAUGACAAAUACCUCUUCUUGGAGCUAUGCUGAGAACGGAUUCGGUAAGUUGGCCGCUAAGGUUGGUAUUUCAUGGAUUCGGUUUACUCUUCAUUCAAACAAUAAAAUCGAUUUGUAAGGUAGGUACUCUACAUAAUAUUAAACAUGGAUUUCAUUUUUCAUCGAAGUAGCGCGUUUUAUCGUGUUGAAAAUUUCUGUGUCAUAACAGACUACGCAAUGUGUUAAAAACAAAUUUUUCCCCUGAUUUCGCGGCCGUCAUUCAGAUAAAAUUCCGAGAGUUGAACUUUAUAAUAGAUGACACAAUUGCAAAAGGUUUUUCGAGCAUUCCGUUUAUUUUUCUAAUUAUUGAGAAACAACAGUUCAAACAACAAAUGUCUUGUUUUUAAAGUAUGUUCCGGUUUAAUUCUCUUCCGUUGACUUAAUAUGUGGUUGAAACUCCAAUAUAAUUCACAGCAAGAAAUGGUUUUCGGCUUUUCUCGCUGAAUACGUGCUCCGUUAUUUAAAUCCGAAGUAACUGGAUUUUUGGCAAAGCCCACUGAAACAACACUUUAAUUUUCAAAGUUUCUCGAUAAAUUUUAUUUCGUUUCAUAGCACUAAUAUAUGAGAUGCUGAACCGAAGAAAGUUUCUCUAUCUGUUAAAAAUUUAGCUAAAAUGUAUUUUAAAAUAUUGAAGUAAUAGAGGUGCUAAUGGGGGAGACUUUUUACUUUGCCGUCUAAAUUUGAACGAAUUUCACAUCUUCAUUUUUAAUUCGCAAUACUGCAGCAUAUAUGUAUUUAAAACUACAAGAAUACUGAAUCAAAAAUCCCAGUGUGGUUUUAUUUCGAUUUUUACCAGAAAAUAUGUAAUGACUUUGGAUGAUUUGCUAUACCAGUCCACAGGUAGAAUACUUUAAUGAGUAGUUCAAUAGCAAGCUCAUAAAAUUAUCAAAUAUUAAUUCAGUCAGACUCAGGAAAUUAUGUGCAUUGUUUAAGGCCCUCGUUGCUGGCACGAGCGCUACAAGAUCGCCAAAGGAAAUUUGCAGUCGCCGAUUAAUAUCGAGACAGCACAGGCAAAGGAAGGAAACAGUGUUGGGCCAGUACAGUUCAAGUAUAUAAGCAUCCGCGAUAGUACAAUUACAAACGAUGGAAGACAACUGCGAAUCACUUUAACAAGAAAUGAAUCAGGUAUGAAAAAAGCAUAUUAUAUGUUUGAUUAACCAACAAAAACACUGAUCAACCCUUGAUUUGCUUGUUCGUGACUAACAUGACCUAGUUUUGAGCUUUUAAGGAUCUAGAGAAAGAUUGAAACAAUAACACUCUAGUGUGUCGUUUAUGCGGAUUUCGACCAAUCUAACACUCAAUGUCCUUAGGUACUAUAAUAUUGAUUUUCUGUCACAAUUACUUAUUUUCGAAUCCCCAUAAUACGCUCUGUUUAAUUUACUCUCCUAAAUUUUGUAAAACUAUUUCUUAAUGCCCCUGGAAGAACACCAUUUGAAAACAACAACUUAUUCAGAACUUGGGCGAAAAAUGGAGUGUAUUAAUUAUGUGCGGGGAGAUUGGAAAAUAAUCAAUUAUGUGAGUUUGAAUGCCAUACUAAAAUGUAUCAAAAACUGCCACCAAUAUAAGCCGGAAAUGAUAAUUUGGUUGCCAUCCUAGCGGACGUCAAAUUCUUGUAUUUACAGUAGGGCACUGAUAUAAGGUUCCCAUCCAAUUAAGUGCCAAGAUUGCGCUGUAAACGUUUCCGUUUUAACACGAGCAUUUGAAAGCAAAACUGCAUUUGAAAACAAUAACUUAAGCAAAAUUUGAGGGAACAGAGUGCAUUAUGGGGGAUCGGAUUCGAAAAUAGUCAACUAUGUGGGUUUAGAUGCAACACUAAAAAUGUAUCAAUACCUGCGACCAAUAUGAGCCGGAAAUGAUAAUUUGUUCGCCAAUGUAGCGGACGUCAGAUUCUCAUAUUUAUAUUAGGGCAUUAAAGAUAGACGGUUCUCUUCCAAAUAAGUCCCAAGAUUGCUCUGGGAAAGUUUCCGUUUCAACACGGUCAGUUUAAAUAAUAAAUAGUACUAAACAUUCCGAUACACACCGCACAACGGUUGGAUUCGAGAGAGAUUGACCCCCGAGUGCCAAAGUAAAAUUGAAUGAAAGUAAAUGAGAAGAAUUAAAAUGGAGGAAAAAUCAUUUAAAUCUUUUUAUAUUAUUAUUUGCGCACAGAAUUAUGUAGACGUCUUUUCCAUGAUCAAGAACAUCAAUAUAUAUGUAUAUAUAUAGAUAUUGUGUAAUCAUUACUAAUAUCGGCCAUUCGUAAGCUGGGUUUUCGGACUCUUUAUUUGCGUUAAGGGAUUCGUUGUAUUAGAGCGGUUUUCACUUGACUGUCGAAAGGGAUUGGUUUUGGUUUUGGUUUUACGACAGUCAAGUGAAAACCGCUCUAAAACCUUGGUAUUAGAUCAGUCAUACUACUACAUGAGAAAUGUCUGCAAUUUGAUUGGCUUAGAGCAGUGGUAUUUCAGCUCAAUUUGAAAUACCUACAUGUGAAAACCUUUGUUGGUAGUAGUAUAAACAAAUAAAAGCAUGAUUUGUACGUGAUUUUUGGCAUAAAUACCACUGGUGACAUUUCAAAAUUGUCUAAAAUUUCACUCGCAUAGCGGCUCGUGAAAUUACGUAUAACGAUUUGGAAAUAUCACUCGUGGUAUUUAUGCCAAAUAUCACUACAAAUCAUGCUAUUUCCUAUACUUAUAUUGCAUAAUCUGAUCACUAGAAGCAAAAUUAGGUUUGCCGUAUGCCUUACUUGGCCUCGAGUGGGGGCUCCAGCGCGAAGUGCGAAACACUCGCGAGAGGCGGGAAAAGGGACAACAAAACAAAACAAAAAAACAAAAAGAGGGAGAGAUACAGUGUGUUGUGCUCGCCGCCCCGAAUACCCGCAUAAUGUCUUUGUACAAUAACCUUCAGUUUACAAUUUUUAUUACAGCCCUGUGAAAUCUACAUUUUUAAGGGUAUCGCCUUCAAAUGAACACAGCUUGAAACAUGCAAAGAUGCAGAACAAUAAUCAAUGUAGAAUCUAUAUUUCUUGUUUCUUGUCAGUUGUAACAGGUGGCCCACUAACCGACCGAUACCAGCUUGCAGUAAUCCGAUUUCACUGGGGAAAUGAUAACUGUUCAGGCUCUGAACACUCGGUUGAUGGCCGCAAUUAUCCAUUAGAGGUAUAAAUCACAAUCGUGCAUCAUGAUCAACUAACGGGAAUUUUAUAUUUUUAAGAAAUGAAAGCGACUAACAGGAUCAUGAUCAUGUUACUAAAAAAAGAAUGAAAUAAAAGGGUGAAGAAAAUUUCAAUUAAGAGGCAUCUAUUAUAGAUUCUUAUGAUUGGACGAUUUUAAAAUGGUGGCAUACGGGAAAUUUUACUCGGGCCCGAAAAAAAUUCACAUCUUUGUUUUCUUUAUACUUCGUAGAAGAAGGAUAUUUGUUGCAAGUUAGACAUUCUUCGAAAGACGAAAACACACAAAAAAACUAAACUCAACAUUACGCAUUGCGCGCACUUAAGUAAUGAGAAACAUAAAGUCAGUGCAGCAAAUCCGAAAGUAAAAUCGUAUGCCGCUAACCACAAACAGGUUCAGCUUAUUCAUUGGAAUGCAGAUGUGUAUAAGAACAUUGGAGAAGCAAUCACAGGAGAAAAUGGGAUAUGCAUAAUAGGACUCUUAUAUCAGGUAAACCAUGGCAAGUAUAACUAAAUGGUCCAUAGUUAUUGUAAGACCAACACAAGGGCAACACAAACAACAGAGUUGUGCCUCAUUUAGGGUUCAGUGGUUAAUACCCGGAGAAAAAGGUUUGGAUGCCCUUUCAUUUUCUUUUACGUUCCCUUGGAAGUGAUACUGCGGGAGGAUUAAGAAGACACGAUCAAUAGCUUUUAAAAUGGCAUUGCCCAAAUAUGUGAUCAGUUGAACUGAGAAGAGGCCUUAAAACACAACCAGACCUCUUACUAAUGUUUCAAAGACCUUUAACUUCACCAGUGCUCAUGCAACUGAACUACCCUGGCGGCAGGGUUUAUUAGAACCAUUGCUCCAUAUAUUUUUUUUUUCUAUGACUAACAGACUGAGAUCGAAAAGUUUCAAAAGGGUUGCAGAUUGUAUCCAACAAAUAGCCAUCAUAAACCAUCAUUGAACUAAUGAUUCACGUGUCGUUAGGUAACAGAUGAGGACAAUGAAGGCUUAGCACCAGUUAUUAAAUUACUUUCUAGGGAUGAGAACAAGGUAAGGCCUAAUUCACGAAAGACGUUGUUAAGCCAGAUUGAUUGUUUGAUAAAUAUAUAGCGAUUUGUUUAAUCGAAUGAGCAAAUAAAUAAAUAAACAAAUAAAUUAAUAAAUUAAUAGCCGGAAAAAAAAAAAAAAGAUUUAGUGACUGCGCGGGUGGGGAGCACAGUGGUUUUUCGUCUGCUAUCGUUCUUGAUCGAACAGGAAAUGAUAAUUUUUGAGGUGAGGGCAAAACCGAAGAACGCUGAGAACAACUACGGUGCUCUUACUUACUGAGAGUAUUUGGAAUGUUUUAUCGUUGUUUGGACUGGCAAUGACUUAGCGAGUGAGACAGUUAUUACAAUAUUAUGUCAUUAGAACAACAGCUUAAGUGAUCUUUACUUUUAGGGGUGCUUUUCCUUGGAGGUAAAAUCUGCCAUAGACCCAAAUAAAAUCAUUGCAGGUUAGUUAAUGUUAUUAUUUUGUUCUAGUUAUUUACCACUUUGUAAAAUAACAUUUGUACAGUGGCGUUCAAUACUACUAAAAUGUUUCAACUGAGCUGAGAGGCAUUCAGUAGUUUUUCAGGUGUUAAGUGGAUGCCUCGAUGACUUAAGGAAAACUGAGCAACAGCAUUUUGUUUUUGUUUCUUUGACUUCCCGGUGUUACAAUCGUUAUUUUUGAUGGAAUGCUCGUACCAUGCCCCAUUGAAAGAGUUAUUUUGACAACGUCUCUGUCUACCAAUCUAUUUGGGUUUUUCACAAAUGGAUGGCUUAUGGGAUCUCUUACUAUAAUGAGACUCAAAUCACUGAAGUACAAACAAAGAGAGCUUAUGUUAAGUCUUUGUAUGGUUCAAUGCAUCCAUACCCUGAUAUUUAUUUUCCAGAUAUGAACUCUUACUGGACAUACCAGGGCUCUCUUACUACACCUCCGCUAAGUGAAAAUGUCACGUGGUUAAUAUCGCAAAAUAUCAUGGGCCUUUCUGAGAAACAGGUUAGUAUGGUGAGGUUGUGGAAACAUGCCCUACAGGGAAACCAAGGCAGUUUGCUGAUUUUACAGUUGAUAUUGACGGUUAGUUACACGAUCAACUUGUUCUACCAUGGACAAAGUAUACACAAGGUGUCCUUUUUUGAAGGUCAAAAUAGCUAUUUAAGAACGGCAAGCAUCAAAUUCUCUUUCAAAAUCUUCAAUUUGUGCUAUUCACAGAUCAAUGCGUUCCGCAGUAUUCGAAACAGCGUUGGAGAAUCUAUGGCAGACCACUGUAGACCAGCUUGCCCGCUCAACGAUCGACCGGUGUUAUCCUGUGCGUGUGUUGUAAAGAGCACCAGUAUGGAAAAUAAUAAUGAAGUUGAUAGCGGUGUAGAAGAUAAAGAGGAUCUUUCUGAAGAGAUUGGUGCAAGCGAAGAAAAUGAAAAUCUUGAAGAGAUCAAUGGUUACAACGACGGUGCUGUUGAUAACGUUGAUGCCGAUGAAGGUGCAGAGAAAGGCGGAAAAGAUGAAAAUACAAAUCAACAAAUAAAUAUUGACGACAAUGCAGACACGGCCAUGAAUGAUCAAGAUGCAAAUUUCCAUGGCAACCAGGUGAUAAGUGAUGUUGAGGAUGACACCGAAAGGGUUUUGUAUGAUGAAAAUGCUAACCGCCAUGCGAGCGAUGAAAAGUCUGGUACAGUCAUCUUAGAUGAUGGACUGUUGGAAUUGAUGAACAAACUCGCCGAAUGAUUAGUCCGCGCCAACGACAGAAAAUUGUAGUUAAGAGGAAGAUUGGUUAAGAUUAGUACAAGUCUGAUGCAUUAGCAUAUUGGACAAAUAACCAUGAAACAAUGACAAUAAGUCUUUAAUGUUGACCAUCCUUUGUGUUGUGAUGUCCUUUGCUAAGAGUCAGAUACUCUCAACAUUUCUAGUGCGAUGUGUAUGAUCAGACAAAAUUGAUUAUUGAUAGAAUUUAAAAAAAAAAUAGAAAAAAUAUGGUACUUAAACUUCGAAAAAGCUUUCUCUUGACGUUUGCCUGCAGCCAAAAUAGAACUGAGAAGGGGAAAAAGGUUAGAGAUAACACUUAAGUAAGAACGAGGCUUGAACAAUUAUUGUAAGAAAUCAACUCCUUCCGCCAAUCGACUUCACAGCAACAGUUAUUGUAAGUUAAAAAAAUAGGACCAGCAUAAUAAACGUUUCAAAUUUGUAAAAAGUUUGUCAAGGAUAACGUUCUUCUAAGCUGACGUUAGAGCGAACCAACCAGCGUCACCAGCAUAGCUUCCGGUUUUCGGUCGUUCUUUGCUUCAGAGUAAAGACAAACUUAAGUACCACGAUUUUUUUUUUUUUUAACAAAAGUUAAGACAACCAGAAGUCAGAGCACUCUCUUAUUCUCCACAGUUCAACUGCAAUUUUCUAAGCGAAACACGCAACAUCAUCUCCCGGCGGGUCUACCAUUGAGGUCUGACAGACAAGCGAAAAUAAAAGUUCCUCGUUUGUUUUGGGAAAACAGUGAAAUACUUUAAAACAUGGUUCGUACAAAUUCAGACAAACAAAUUUCAAGGACUUUUGAAGAAUUUUCAAGGAUAAAUUGCAGUUUUAAAGGAAUAAGGUUUAUUUAAUAAAUCGGCAUUCUAUAACUCCCUUUGAUCACCCUAUUGGCUAAAACACGGCACGGAGUUAUUUACGAUUUUUACUUCUUUGACCUUCGUUGAUCACAUUGUUUUAUGCGACUUUCCGCAACAAGACUUUGCGAAAUGACUGGGUACGACUUGCAAUUGCAUCUGAGGUACAGAAAUAGCAUUUGAAAUAAAGAAACAGAAAUAAAGUGUUGUUCGUACACAAAAAUGUUCUUGAGUUACCCAUGAGGUUUACAGGUUCUUACACCGAGGGCGAGCCCAAUUUUCCUCGCCAAAAUUAAUUUACAGAAAAUGGUGUCUGGUGUAAACAAUUUUGUGAAUUUUAAGGACUUUUCAAGAUCUAAUAAAGAAACAAGUACUUUUCAAGGACCUAAACGCAUUCAAGGACUUUUCAAGACGACCACUAAAAUUGAAGACCUUUUCAAGAGUGUACGAACCAUGUUAACAACAAAUUAAGACCAUCUUCGACGUUGAAAAAUAUAUAU